GGUGGGUAGAAGUACAGAGCAGAGCUACCGGCUGGGGGCUGCAGAGGCAGGUCUGUGCGCUGCAAGCGUUCAGCAGGCGGAGCUUCGCGUGUGGAGACGCGGCUUCGUAAGGCCGGCGGUCUCGAGAACCUGUUAAGAGUCAGUUCUUGCAAAAAAGCAUUGAGCCAGGAGCCAGACCCACCUCUUCACUAACUGAUCUUGUGCAAGUCAUCUUACCUCUCUGGAUCUCAGUUGCCUGAUCUGUAAAAAGGAGAUAAAAAUUCUUUACCUGUUUGAAGAUGAAGUGGAGGACCAUCCUACUACAAUAUUGUUUUCUCUUGGUUACAUGUAUACUUACUGCUCUUGAAGCUGUGCCUAUAGACAUAGACAAGACAAAAGUAGAAAAUGCUCAACCUAUGGACAGUGCAAAGAUAGAACCACCAGAUACUGGACUUUAUUAUGAUGAAUACCUCAAGCAAGUGAUUGAUGUGCUGGAAACAGAUAAUCAUUUCAGAGAAAAGCUCCAGAAAGCAGACAUAGAGGAAAUAAAGAGUGGGAGGCUAAGCAAAGAACUGGAUUUAGUAAGUCACCAUGUGAGGACAAAACUUGAUGAACUGAAAAGGCAAGAAGUGGCAAGGUUAAGAAUGCUGAUUAAAGCUAAAUUGGAUUCCCUUCAAGAUACAGGCAUAGACCACCAUGCUCUUCUAAAACAAUUUGAUCAUCUAAAUCACCUGAAUCCUGAGAAGUUUGAAUCUACAGAUUUAGAUAUGCUGAUCAAAGCGGCUACAAGUGAUCUAGAACACUAUGAUAAAGCUCGACAUGAAGAAUUUAAAAAAUAUGAAAUGAUGAAGGAACAUGAAAGGAGAGAAUACUUAAAAACACUGAAUGAAGAAAAGAGAAAAGAAGAAGAAUCUAAAUUUGAGGAAAUGAAGAGAAAGCAUGAAAGUCAUCCCAAAGUUAAUCAUCCAGGAAGCAAAGAUCAACUAAAAGAAGUGUGGGAAGAGACUGAUGGAUUGGAUCCUAAUGACUUUGACCCCAAGACAUUUUUCAAAUUACAUGAUGUCAAUAGUGAUGGCUUCCUAGAUGAACAAGAAUUAGAAGCCCUAUUUACUAAAGAGUUGGAGAAAGUAUAUGACCCCAAAAAUGAAGAGGAUGAUAUGGUAGAAAUGGAGGAAGAAAGGCUUAGAAUGAGGGAACAUGUAAUGAAUGAGGUUGAUACUAACAAAGACCGAUUGGUGACUCUAGAAGAGUUUUUGAAAGCUACAGAAAAAAAGGAAUUCUUGGAGCCAGACAGCUGGGAGACAUUGGAUCAACAACAGUUCUUCACAGAGGAAGAACUGAAGGAAUAUGAAAAUCUUAUCUCCAUACAAGAAACUGAACUUAAGAAAAAGGCAGAUGAGCUUCAGAAACAAAAAGAAGAGCUACAACGUCAGCAUGACCAACUUGAGGCUCAGAAGCUGGAAUACCAUCAGGUUUUACAGCAGAUGGAACAAAAAAAAUUACAACAAGAAAUUUCCCCAUCAGUGCCUGGUGGAGAAUCAAAGAUCCAGCCACGCAUUUAAAGUCCAAAGUCCACCAGAACUUAGAAUAAAAUUGUUACAUCAUCAUGUGUGUCAUCUUUUUACCUCCCUUCCUUUUCCUCUGCUCAGUAAAUAUUUUAAAGCAUAUAUGGAAUAAAGGAAGAUACUUUUUAAAUGAGAACUUUUUUUUUUUUUUUUGGACACAGAUGUUUAAGGAUUGAAGUCUACCAGAACCAGGAAGGAAACAAACUCAAUACCUGCUCUCAUUUUCAUACCUCUUUUCUUUUUCCUUUGUUCUCCUUUAGUGAUUUAAUUAAGUGGCUUUAUGCCAUAAUUUAAUGAAACUAUUAGUACCUAUUUAAGUGAGAAAGCGCCACCCACUGCCUUUAAAAUAAAUUGUUUUCUCUUAUUCAUAAAGGUAAAUACUCUUUUAUGGGUGCUUAUUAUCCCCUCUCUCAAUAAAAGCUCUUUGAUAUUAAUAAUUCUUCUCCUGAGAAGACCAUAGUAUUCCCCAGUGUGUGUUGGUAACUUUUUCCUACUUUUCAGCAAUCUUAACUGCUAGAAAUUCUUCUACCAAACAGCUCUUGCUACCACUUAAGUUCAUUUUUCAUUUACAUUUUUGCUUUAUACUCUAUCAUUCAAGAUCAGGUUUUGCUACAUAUAACAGAAAACCCAAAGAUAAUGGUGGUUUAAACUGAAUAAGAACUUUUGCCUUUUACAUAGAAGAAAUCUGGAAGUAGGUGAUGUACAGGUUCCUAUCUUUCUCCUCUGCUCUCCCCAGUGCAUAGUUUUUAUUCUUGAGUUAUUUCAUUCUCAGGGUCCAAGAUGGCUCUUGGAGGCAGUGGGGAAGGGCAACAAAAGGAAUGUCCCCCAGUUGAAUCAGCUUCCUUGAUGCAGUUUUCCCAGAGAACCACAUAGCAUUUGAAUUUACAUCUCAUUGACCAGAGCUGUGUCACAUGGCCAUCUAGCUGCUAGGGAAGCUGAGAAAUCUAUGUGGCAAUGGGACAGGCUAAAAGUUAGGAUUCUUUUAGGAAGGAUUCCCUUUAAGAAGGGAAGAGGGAAUGUUUGGUAGGCAACUUACAGCUUUAAUUUAAACAGCCUUUUGGUUACUUAAAUAUCUAUGUACAUUCUUCUGAAACAGAAAAUGCUCACUUCCCCCACCUCAAAAGGAAACCACCAAAACCCAAUCUAUUAUUGCAUGUAGUUCAAAGCCCAUGACAUCUGAGUAUAGUCCCCUCCAUCAGGUUAGGAUGUGGUUUUUUUAUGUUCUGGUCAUCUGCAAACUAAAAAGCAACAUGUCUGCCCCCUGAGCACCAUAUGCAUAAUGGGAUAGAUACAGGAUAACUGCAAUAAAAUCAACCUUUUAGAAAGGGGGAAAACAGGAAACAGAGCAGUCAUCUUUCCAUAACAAUUAAAAAAAUACUGCUUGGCAAAAAUAGCAAGGUCUCUCUGCUCUGUCCAUAAAUAUAUUCUUUGGUUUUUCUAUUAGGCAACCCCUGCUUCACCUUUCUGGGAGGAACUCCCUUGUCUAAUGUCCUCAGGGGCCCUUGGCAUUACCCUCUAGGAUGUUUUUAUUGCCCAUUAACCUUCAAGGACGCAAGUGGGCAUUGGGAAGUGUCCUCUUCUCGAAGGCUGGACAGUCUUCACACUUCACUUCCUGUUAUUGUGGGUUUGGGGCCUUGGGAUUGUUUCAGAUAGUUACAGGCUCUUUCAGGCCAGGUUUAGGGUUUUUAUUUGUUUUUGCUUUGUUUUGCUUUUUGGCAAAACAGUUCCCUCAAAGGUUGUACGUUUCUGGUCUGUUUUCUUCAAUUAUUACCACGAGAAACCACAAAGAUCUUGCCAAGACAUAUUUAACAAAGAACCUCAUCUUUUACUUGCUGACCUCUGUGUUCUUUUCUCCCGUUGGGUCUUAAAUGAAUGGUACCCACUUGGGAUUGUUUUAAACUAUAGGCUUGGAUGGGAUAACAGGAGUCUUAAUCUGAUCUUUUUCCUUAAGAUGGCUCCCAUUAUUUGGCAGAAAAUUCUUAAGGGAAGGUUCUUGGAAAGUUUGUGAAAGCUUUAGCAGCUUCCUCAGAACCUUUACUUAUAACUGUUUCAGUUUGGAGUACGGUAGUACAGUAGGUGACCUUUUUCAAUUCUUCAGGGCUCCAGAUUUGGGAAUUUAUCAAUCUAUUUGGUAGAUAGAGAGCAGUUCUCUCGGCAAAGCUAUAUUGCCUUCUAUCUCUGCAGACUUGCUUACCUUAGCCCGAGCCACAUCUCUCCUGUAGGACUUUUCUGAAAGAGGCAAGGCGCAGCCCACACAUGCUAGCAUUCUGAAAUUCUACCACCAUUUUCUCUGAUACCUUAACCUCAGUUGGCAUGAAGUAUCACUGCCCCAAACCCUACCUUCUUAACUAAGCCAAUUCCAUUUUUUCAGAUCCUUUUACUUGCUGCACCUUACUUCUAGCUACCAAAUUCUGUAUAGGUUUAGAUUCUUCAUUGUAAGUAAUAGAAUCGUCUUCAGGUACUAAACAGAAUGGGAUUGAUGUGGGGAGAGCAGUAUAGAUAGAUAGCUCACAGAAUCUUUGGGAAGGCUGAAAGAACAGAACUUAGGCUGAGCUUCUAGGAACUGCGUCAUGAGACUGGGCUGCCAAAGAAGCUGCUGCUUUUGGAACAAUCAAGAAGCUGCCUGCUAAAUCAGGAAGCCACCUGCCAGAUUAGGAAGUCAUGAAGUUGCCAAGCUCCAGAACCACACCACCUCUGCCUUGCUUUGUGUCAGCAAAAAUGGAUAUUUCAUGUCCUGCUUCUCUCCCCAUGUAAUUCAGUUCUGAGUAAAAGUUUCAAGUGAGUACAUCUGAUUGUUUGGACCAGUCAUAUCUGGAACCCUAGCUGCAAGGGAGGUUGGGAAAUAAUAUUUAAUUUCCUACCCCUGUAGUACAGGAAUGCAUGUUUAAAGCUGUUGAGUGAACAAAUCCACUGUAAUACCUCAAAAAUUUACAUUGUUUCUUUUAACAUUAAUAAUUUUUAAAACUCUUAGUUCUCAUUUUACAAAUUUUAAAAUAAUCAUUGCAUACUCCUCCAAACACUUCAGAUUUUUUUCCUUAAAUCAUGGAUCCCAAAAUUAAAUCAUGGAUCCCAAAAUUAAAUAGAGCAAUCUAGAAAAGUUCUGCUUAUAUGUAGCUUAAAAAAACCCACAGAAAUCACUCAGGAGAGUAAUGCUAUGUUUCUUUAGAGAUAGAGAAGAAUUCCUAUCUCUGUUGUUUAAAUUGUAGCAAAUAUUUUUAAAUGAUCUGGGAUAUCCUUUUGUUGAUGACUCUAUCUGUAAGCGGUAUUGUGAUAAGACAGGGAUUCACCUAGGAUAAAUUUUUUUAGAUGGUGGACUAGGGUCAAAUCAGAAAGUAAUUGGAGACAAUAAUAUUGUACUUUUAUGAAAUGUGACAAAUAUCAAUACAACAGCAGUCAUAUUAUAAUAUAUUAAAUAUAUCAAAGUAACACAUCUUGCACCUUAAAUUUACACAGUGGUAUAUGUCAAAUAUAUUCAAGUAAAAAAAUAGUAAUUGGAGGAGAACUUAGAGAAAUUUUUUAAAAUGCUCUUUUGGCAUGAGUAGAUAAUGGACAGAUAUUAAUGUAGACAUACCUCACAGUUUCCAGCAAAUUAUUAAUUUAUAUUAUUAAAAAAAGAAUUGUUGGCCUAAGAUUAUUUAUGGGCAUAAGGAAUCCCAGUUCUUAUGAGUAUUGGGCAUUUAUGAGUAAAGAUUGUUUCUUAAAGAGUUGCUAAUAGUAUUUUUUCCAGCUCUGUUAGAAAGUAUUCAUCCUGUGUUUGAUUUAUCCCAUUCUUCUUCAUAUUCUUAGAUAUUAAGACGUCUUUGGUUUAGUUGACUUAGUGGUAUGUAUAAGUAAUUUGGAACUUUGUUUCACAUAUGAAUUUUCAUGAAGCAUGUACAUUUUAUAGUAUACUUAGAUAUAUAUAAUUAAAAUUAUAUUUUAAAAGACAGUGGUCCUCUGGAAUAUUUGACUCUCACUAAAGGAAACUGCAAUUUAGAAGCAGUGGUAAAAAAUCCUUUGAAAUAUGGCUCUACUUUUUUUUUUUUAACCAAGAUUUGUUUACAAUGGCAUUUUUUUCAUGCUAAUUGAACAGAUUUGUAUUACCAUAAGCCUAAAUGCAAAUCUGUUUCUCCCAUGAGGAAAAAUAUAAAGGAAAUUUUAAUAUUUGUGAUAAUGUGACUUUUAAGAUAGUCUUGCUAAUAAAAGAGGGGGUAAGAAAUGUAUUUCCUUUAGGGAGAAAUAUUGA